UGCACGCCAUGCUUCUGGAGCGUGAGGACAGCUUCAUGUCGGAGUUUGAGGACGCGUGCAGCGCGUGGGUGGACAGCGUGGGCUCCAGCCCCAGCGAUGGAGCCGAGUCCGACGUGGGCUCACCUUUCUGCCAAGUCUUCUCCCCGGGAACCGACGCCUCAGACUCGGAUUUCUUCUCCGACUUCAGCGACUGCUCGUCGGACGCGCUCUCUCCGUCCCUCAGCUUCUGCUCCGAGCCGGAAGCGCUGCCGCAUGCGGCGUCAAAGGCGGCGCCGCAUGCGGCGGCGGGGCUGAGCAGCACCGCGGACGCGAUCCUCAACAUGAUCACGGAGAUCGUGGGGAUCUGCACCGAGAUGGAAUUCGAGUCCUCCCAGGCGACCGCGUUUUCCUCCCCGGGGAUCUGUGCUCCACCUGAGGCGAGCCCCCCCGCUGCGCUCACCCCCGCCGUGGUGGUCAAGAGCGAGUUCGUGGGCUCCAGCUGCGACAGCGGGUGUGCGCAUUCCGCGGUGACCGGGAAUGAAGCCCCGUACCCGGACUCUCUGCUGCCGCUGUCGGCUGUGGAGCAACAGGUGGACGUGGCCGCUUUCCUCGACUCGCUGCUGAGCUCCGAGGCCGCCCAGGGCGAGCCGAAGCCCGGCGCCGAGGUGAAGCAGGAGCCGCUGGGGCUGGAGGACUGGCUGAAGAGCUUGGCCCCGGUUACCGGGAGAGAUUCCGGUAGCUACGUCAUCAAGACGGAGCUCGUGCAGAGCGGGGGCGACCUCCACUUCUCCCCCUCCCCUCUCCCCUCCACCCUGGAUGCUCAACUUCUUUCCUCCCUCCUGCAGGGCGCGUUCCCGAUAGUCAAUAUCGGCGGCGUGCACGCAGCGGGAGGCCCCAAGCCGCCACGCGGGGGCAGGAGAGCUCCCGCCAAGAACGGACUGAAAGUGAAACCGUUCCCGUGCUCGGUGGCAGGGUGCGAGCGCCGCUUCUCGCGCUCCGACGAGCUCAACAGGCACGUGCGCAUCCACACGGGACAAAAGCCCUUCCAGUGCACCAUCUGCGCGCGCAGCUUCAGCCGCAGCGAUCACCUGACCACGCACACGCGCACGCACACGGGGGAGAAACCCUUCUCCUGCGAGGUUUGUGGCAAGCGCUUCGCGCGCAGCGACGAGAGGAAGAGGCACGGGCGCGUGCACGUCAAGCAGCAGCUGCGCGCGCAGAUGAUGGCCGCCUACUCGCUGGCCCUGAACGCGCCCGGCGUCUGAGCGGCUCCUCGGUUCUGAUUGGCUGCAGUCUACAAUUCCGGAUUGAAACCUUCGACGAUGCGUCAGAGAUGUUUCCAUGUGACGUCACACUGACUUUAGCUGCCCCCGGGGAGGAUGGGCGGGUGUUUAGAAGGUGUGACGGCCCAUCUCACGGUGCAUGCUGGGACUACACUCCACCGAGUGGAUGUGGACCUGAUCCCGGACCAGCAGGUCAACCCCGGGCCGUCCCUGUGGAUGGGGGGGCGGGACAAAACCUUGGACUUCCUGCAUGAGGCCGUGCAGAAGCUGAAUGUUUGACGUCAGAAUGUCGUUGUGGACUCGAACCUCUUUGUAUCUGAAGUCUAUUUGUUGGUAACACAUCUCUAUUUUUAUAGUCGUCUACCUCUGCCUCGUCGUUUAUGUACAUUUAUAGAACCAACGCGCCACAUUUCUAUGGCGGCGAUGACGUCACUCUUCUAUGACAUGAUCGUGAAGUGAACUGUGAUCCAGAACCUUUUGGUGUCGGUGCUGAUGCUGCGGGUUCAUGUUCCCUCGUUUUGCAUGGAGGAUGCUGCUGUAAAUAAAAACAAACAAACA